AUGCCAAAAACUGUUCCAAAGACCGAUCGUCCGACUCGAGGACGUCGGUGCAAUCCAGGCUCAGGCACUCCGUCACCGAGCCACGAGCGCCAACAGCCUGUGAGGAUUAGGGACGCCAGGACACAGGGAGGCCAGCGGCCCUAUCCGACCGUCGGGAGGGCAGCACACCCCAAUCGGCCACCGUCGCCACCGUCCGUUUCGUCCAGCACCGACCAGCCCUCUCCGGUAGGUCGAGUGACCCCGGCUGCUUCGAACUAUCUGCUGGAAGCGCUGCACCGGAUCCGUGAGCUGCAGGAUGAGCUCGAUUUUCUGCAGAACGAUCCGUACGCUGAGGACACGGACGAAGACGACGAAGACGACCAGUUCGGUGGCGGCGACCAGCAGCAGGAGGAUGUGAUUGGUGGGCAGCAAGCGGAAGCCAUCGGGUGGGCUGUCUGCGCUCGGGAGACGAUCCAGUUCCUGCAACGCGAAGGCAUCGCGGCCGACAGCCCACUGCUGGCGAACCUUCGCCAGCGUCUCAUCGGCCCCGACCGGCGGCGUGAGGAACCGACCGUACCCGACGAUGGACUAUCCUGCUGA